AUGGCAAACUACCACUACUAUGAAAGCAGUGAUGCACAUUUGCCUCCGGGGUUCAGAUUUCAUCCAACGGAUGAAGAGCUCAUAACUUACUACCUUCUGAAAAAGGUUCUUGACAGCAAUUUCACUGGAAAAGCCAUUGCUGAAGUUGAUCUCAACAAGUGCGAGCCCUGGGAGCUUCCUGAGAAAGCCAAGAUGGGGGAGAAAGAAUGGUACUUUUUCAGCUUGAGGGAUAGGAAGUACCCGACAGGAUUGAGGACUAACAGGGCAACAGAAGCUGGUUACUGGAAGGCUACAGGAAAAGACAGGGAAAUAUACAGCUCCAAGACUUGCUCCCUUGUUGGCAUGAAGAAAACCCUGGUUUUCUACCGUGGCAGGGCUCCAAAAGGAGAGAAGAGCAACUGGGUAAUGCAUGAAUAUCGGCUUGAAGGCAAAUUUGCCUACCAUUACCUCUCUAGAAGUUCCAAGGAUGAGUGGGUGAUUUCAAGGGUGUUUCAAAAAUGCGGUGCCGGAGCCGGCCCCGGCUCCGGCGGAGGCAAGAAGAGGUUGGCCCCUGGAAUCAACCUUUACCCUGAAGCUAGCUCUCCAUCUUCAGUUUCUCUUCCGCCGCUGCUCGACUCUUCUACUUACACCGCCACCAGUGCCACCUCUGCUUCCACCACUGACCAUGAGAGCUGCUCGUAUGAUUGCAACUCCGCAAAAGAGCAUGUGCCCUGUUUCUCCAAUUCUGCUGCUGCAUCUUUCAACCAUAAUUCUCUAUUUGAGCUGCCUCCACCGCCAUUGCCGCCGCCAGCUCCCGCAGCAACAUUGCUGUCUUCUCUAUUUGAUCCAUCACCAUCAUCUGGAGCCCGUUUCCCAAGGAUUAAUGCUGGCCUGUCUGCUUUUCCUAACUUGAGGUCCUUGCAGGAGAACCUACACUGCCCUUUCUUCUUCCCCACGGCUGCGGCUGCUGCACCACCACCUCAGCCCAUUAACGGCAGCGAUGAGAAUGGAAUUCAUUAUGGCUCUGUCACCAACUGGGCUGCGCCGGAUAAUCAGAAAGUGGGGCCAACUGAGCUUGAUUGCUUGUGGAGCUUCUGA